CUGGAUGUGAAACAGACACCUGUUAGCUGCUCUUGUUCGCCACAGAUAUCACGUUUCAGCUUGUUGCUCAGAGCAACACAGAACCGAAGACCGAUGCUCCUGUUGACUCACUUCCAGUUGGAUUGAACUGAAAGAGAGGGACGUUUACAAAAAAAAAAAAAAACUACCAUGGAGGCCGCCACUUAUCAAGCUACAGAUUGAGCAUGCUUCGGGUUGUUUGAACGACAGCUAUGGGGUCAAGAAGAUCUUACUUGCAGACUCCUUUAGUGGUGGCUCUUUUUUGCCACUUUUGGACUAUUGAUGGGAGAAUGCCAGAGGUGCGUGGAAAGGUCAGCGGUGUGGCAGAAUUGACUUGCAGUGUUCGUCCAUCUGACUCAGCUGAUGUGUCAUCUGGGUCACUGCACGUGGUUGAAUGGGGGCGACAAGGGCUCAACAUCCCUGUGUUGAUCAAAUUUGGAUCCUAUGCGCCUCGUGUCCAUCCACAAUAUGAGGGGAGGGUGUCUCUGGUGGACAUCACCACUCUGAAACUGGAGCGCCUGCAGCUGAAUGACCAGGGCCCGUAUGAGUGUCGGAUCCUUUCAUUAGAUAAACCCACAGAGGAGCUUCGAAACGGCACCUGGAUUAUGCUUUCUGUAAUUGCGGCCCCAAUCUUCACUCAAACCCCGCCUCCUGUCCUGGAGGGUGUGGUUGGAGCUCACCUCUCUCUUGUCUGUGCUGCCAUCGGCAAUCCUCUUCCAACCAUCACCUGGCUGAAGGAUGGUAGUGUGAUUCAAAUAGGGAAUAAUCGGGAGGAAGCGUUAUCUCUGACAGCAGUGAGCGUGCAGUCAGCAGGACAGUAUACCUGUCAAGCUUCCAACUCUGAAGGAAACGCGACUCUCGAGACAAAAGUAAAGAUAAAAGGUCCCCCUGUCAUCAUUGUGUCUCCCAAAAGCACCUCUCUCAAUGUAUCCCAGAAUGCACUUCUUCACUGCCAAGCUGUGGCUGACCCCUCAAACAUGACAUAUGUGUGGCUGAAAGGAGGAGAAAAUGUCUACCACGUAGAGUCGCUAAAGUUACGCGUGAAGAUCAUGGUUGAUGGAACUCUCCUCAUUUCAAGUCUCAUCCCAGAGGAUUCUGGGAACUACACCUGUACACCGACUAAUGGCCUGCUGACACCACCCACUGCUUCUGCCAUCCUCACAGUGAUGCAUCCAGCCCAGGCUCUUCAAAUGCCUCGGGAAACCUAUCUUCCCACAGGCAUGGAUGGCAUGGUUAACUGCUCCUCAGUAGCUCAGCCUCCUCUGCUCCGUGUUGAUUGGACUAAGAAUGGCGAGCCACUUGACCUGUCCUUGUAUCCAGGGUGGACCUUAAACCCUGAGGGCAAUUUGCUGAUGGCCACAGUCAAUGAUGACGUGGAAGGAGAGUACACCUGCACCCCAUUCAACAGCUAUGGCACUAUGGGACAAUCUGGAGCAACCCAGGUUAUUUUGCAGGAUCCCCCAUCCUUCAGCAUCACUCCAGAGAAGCAGUACAAACAUAAGGUUGGGAGAACCUUGCUCAUCCUGUGUCAAGGCAAUGAUGACGCUACAGUUAAAGUCAGCUGGACCAAGGUUGACCUGGGUCGUCGCAUAUCUUAUUCUGUCACACCUAAUGGGUCUCUGUUGCUGCGGCCCCUCGCUAAGGACCAUCAUGGGAUGUGGGAGUGCAGUGUUUCUAAUCGUGUAGCCCUUGUAAAAGCCUUCACUCAAAUCUUUGUCUUGGGAACCAGCCCCCAUGUAGCUACAUCCCUGUCCAUCUCUCCAGGAGUGAAGCAGGCCAAUAUAUCCUGGGAGGCAGGCUUUGAUGGAGGUUCAGCUCAGACAUUUUCAGUAUGGGUAAAAACGAUUUCAGCACAUGAUAAUGAAGGGAAGCAAGACUGGUUCUCUGUGCCUGUACCCUCUAUCUCCGGCACCACCUUGUUGGUGACAGGCCUGUCUCCUGCUACUGAAUAUCAGUUCAGUCUCCUUUCUCACAACAAAAUUGGUACAGGACCUUUUAGUGAAAUUACCACAGCGAGGACCUUAGAUCCUACACCAAGCAGAGGUCAGCCAAAGCCCCCUUCCUUGCUGUCAGCUAAUUUGGGUUCAGCAGGUGUUGUUCUGCAGUGGUCCCUUCCACAAGCGCAGCCCCUCACCAUCACAGGGUUGGUUCUUCAGUCCCGCGUCAAGCAAGGGAAGUGGAUCAAUUUGGAUGGCAAUAUUAGUGCCAACACUACUGAAAUAAUUAUUCCAGGUCUGCAAAAGGACUGUGUAUAUGAGCUGAGGCUGCUAACUCGACACGGUGAGCUGCUGAGUGAGCCCAGUCCAUCACUCAAUGUCUCCACCAUAGGAAUGAAGAUGCACCCUUCUUCAUCCAGACUGCUAGAGUCUCCUGAAUCAUUAUUGGCAGGGAUUCUUGGUGGAGUUGGCUGUAUGUGUUUGGCGCUGGUCUUACUGUUGGGGUCUGCCUGCCUUAUCAGUCACAGGAAGAAGCUACAAAGCCAAAUGAAGCAGAAUGAACCCCCUCCUGCCAGCUAUAAGUACUCCCCAUCAAUUCCUGCUCUAACUCACAGAAAGAUUUCAGGCUCCGGCAGUACAGACAGUGUAUUGAAGAAAAGCUUACUUCCAGCCAGUGCCCUUUAUCCUACCACUUCCUCUACCAUCUCCUCAUCCUCCUCGAAGACAGUUUGUUCUUCCUUCAACAGUGAGAAUCGACAACACAAGCAGCAGCUCCUCUUUAACCACAAAAGAAAGCUAAAUCAAUUCCAGUGUCUAAAAUCAUACCCUGUUUCUCCUUCUGUGGAGUUGAUCACCAGAGGUCCAGAUGGACGCUUUGUAAUACCGCCAUAUGACACUCUGAAUGUUCAAAGCAAGCAAAGUACAACAUAUAAUCAUCCUUUUACAGUCCAAAAGUCUACGUCAUUAUGCUCAGACCAUCAAGACAGUAAACAUCCACCGUUUGUUCUUUCUGUGGAUCUUCCACCCUGCAAACCAUGUGAAUCAGAUACAUCAAGGCAAACCUCUGACAUCACCCAGCAUCUUGAUCAAGAUAGCUUCCAUCAUAAGAGAAAUUAUGAUAGCUUUCCUGACUUCAGUAUGUGCGCUAACAGUUUAUCCAAUAUUUCUCAUCACAAUAGAGCAAUAUCUCCCACAUUUCCAGUACUACCACAUAUACGGUCAGGCCUAGGUCAGUCUUCAACAACAGCCAGCACUCUAGUUCUCCAAAUGGAACAUGAGCGAGAGAGGGGAAACCUGAGUUACUGCCUGAAAUUGGCUAAGGAGAGGGAAGAGCUGGCAAAGGAACUCCAGAAAUACAGAAUGUACAGAUACUCUAAAGAAGAAAUAAGAAGAGAGAAGCCAGAAUCUGAGAAAAGAGAGAAUGGUGGUUCUGAACUUAUUCAGGAAUAUAAGAGGCACACCUUGCCAUGCAGACAGCAACAGAGCUACAGGGAAAGCUUUGGUCUGUCGCCAAGUCCUUACUUGUCAUCUUCUAUCCACUGGAAUGAUUUUCCCACGAUGAUCACAGACAGCACCUGUUUCAGUCCUUCCACUCCUCCAAAUUCCUUUUCUAUAAAUACUGGUAACCAACAUCCUACUCAAUCCUUAACCAGAGAGAUCCCCCUCGAAUCUGAGGGAGCAGACCAUUUUUCCAAUGACAGAUUAACUCCCCCACAUCUCUCCCCAACAAUGAGACAUGCAAGGGUACAGGAAACACCACAGGGCUAUGAUGAUGUACUGCAAUCCACAUUCUUCGAAAAGCAAACAAAUGUAUCUUAUUCUGAGGCAUCAAGACAAAACAAUCCAUCUUUUCAUUGCCAAAUACAUGGCGAAAGAUCCAGUUCGACUCUUGAUGCAGAGCCAGGCUGCAAAGAUGUGGAGGAAGAGGUCCCCAAGCCCAAAAAGCAAAAUGUGGCUAUUGAGAUGAGUGUGGAUGAGCCAGUGUUUGAAAUAUGUGUCACACGGCCUGCAAAAAAGCCUAUGCUGCACCACAGAAUUGCCUCUCAUGUACAAGAAGGAUGCCCUCGCAAAGGCCGUUAUGAAGAAAUGAGGAGGAGCACAAGCUUUCACUACCAAAAGAAAGCUUCAGAGCCGGAGCUGCGUAGAGCUGUGAGCCAAGGUUCAAAACCGUGGGACUCCAAGCAAAAAAGGCAGAGCCUUGAAAUAAGACAAAAAGACAAAAAUUUCCUGCCCCCCGAUGCAUGGGUAGACUCCUUAAGCCAAGAGAAACACUCUGAUUUGUUCACCUUUCAUCCAGACUCUUUGCACGCAGAUAACCAAAGUUCAACCACCAGGAAUAGCUCCAAAUAUUCUGCAAAUGUUUCUUCUGUUAGCCAAACUACCUACCAUUUACCCCCUGGUAUGUACCCUUCCAGAAGCAAUCCACUAAGGCCUGUACAGAAUUCUAUUGUUAUUGGCGACCACAAAUUAAGAAGGGAUACUUCUGUCUUUCCCAAUGCUGCCAAAUGGCCAGAUGAAUACCAGGAUGCCAUUAAAAAUCCAAUAGAUUACUUGGGGUCUACUCGGGAUUCAUCCAGAAGCUUACUACCUGAUGACAGCAAUCCACAAAUUAAUUUAGAUGCACUGGAGUUGGAGGCAGAAGUCUACAAAGGAGUGCCUGAUUGUGGAAGCAGCUACAGUAGUUUUGCAAGCAGUGGCCGAGGGAGCAUGGAGCCUACAAAUGGACGCUUGUCUCUGUGUCAUUCGUCAAUGAACAACACCUUGUCCCCUGGAACUGUACAGGAGGAUGGCCAGGCACGCACAGUGGAUAUGUACAGUCACCAAAUCGAAAAAGGUCAAAGCAGAAAGCCCUCUGUUGAUGAGAACUAUGAGUGGGAUGAGGCUGAUAUCUGUUCCCAGUCAAGAGACCACGAUGGCCUUCUUCCUUCAUUGAACCGAGAGAACACCGCACCACUUUGUGGCUCUCCCAGCAUGAAGUUUUCAACUAAGGCACUGACAAACUUCAGUCAGAGUUCCUUCCUUCAGGGGCAUCAAAGCAACUGCUCUGCAUUGCCUGAACCUGACACCGUGCUUUUUUGAAAAACGCCACCGCAUGUCUUCGUUGGUGUUGCCAUUCAAUUAGUCACAGCACCAGGCGACAAACAUGAACUUUUUACUAGAGUCAUCUGGUGUGUUUUUUCCCAACAGUUUUUGUUUGUGACUCUGUUUUGUUUUGUUUCGUUGUCAGACAGUUGUCAGACAGUCUAUAAAUAUCGAAACAUUUUACUGUGCUGCCUAAUCCAUCAUGUCCUUUGUGUACUUUAACAUAAAAUCAUUCCACUAUCUAAAAGAUAUCAAUCAUCAUCCUGUGUUUCUGGCUAUGCAGUAAGUGGGUCUUUAAGGCUGGAUUCACACACUCCAUAGUUCAA